CGUCACUUCCACCUGCUUCCGGCGAGCCUGCCACCGCCAAAAAUGGAACGUCCACAGUGAGAAGCGAUGGUGUCACACAAGGAGACGGCGAGCAUCCGCGGGUUUGUGUGCGCUCAGCUCCGCGAUGAGCCAGACCUAAGCACACUGACCUUAGGAAUAUUAAAAAGACGAUAUUUGGCACAGUCAGCACACGAAUCACUAAGUCCAGAGUCCAGAAAUUACAUGAGACGGGUGGUUGAGGAGGAACUGAUGAAAAUGCAGGACUACGACAAAAAUGGAGGUGAGCUGGAGACCAAGAAGCCCCAAAGCAAAAGGAAGAGAGAAAGGGGAAAUGAUGAGGUGAUAAGUGGGGGAGAAGAUGAGGAUGAAUCCAGGGCAAAGAAAUCCCGUUGUCAGUCAAGCUCAUCAUCAGAAUUGGAAGAUAAAGAGGGCUGCAAAACAGGAAGUGAGGAGAGUGAAGUGGAAGACCAAAUGAAAUCUGGAUCGGAGGACGCAGAGCAAGAGGUGAAAAAAUCACGGCAAAAGACAAAUGGAAACCGUAAACGGCAGGUGAACACAGAAGACUCUACAGAUGAGGAAAUGAAUGAGUCAGAAAAAGAAGGGACUCAGAGUAACUGCAGUGACAGUCCAAGAGAAAUAGUGAAAAAGAAAGUAAAUACUAAAAAGACUAGAGAGACAAGAAGAAGCAGUUCAAGUCCAGGGAAGAAAAAACCACAGAGUGAUGAAGAGAAUGAAACUGAAACAGAUUGCAAGUCAGUAAGGAGUGACAAAAUCAACAGUAAUGAUUCUUCAGAUGACAGUAAAAAAGAAGAAAAAGUCUCACUGGAAAAUAAAAAUAACGACCCAGACUCAGAUUCAUCAUCACUCCCUUCUUUGGAGGAUAACCAGGAGAGUGGAACAGAAAAUAAUAAAGAUAAUAAAAAGAAGAAAACAGUGAAAAAAGAACAGAGCACCAGAGGUCAAAAGCAGGAUGACAACAAAGCAGUUGUGAGGCUCAAACGCUACAUUUCUCUCUGUGGUGUGAAGCGGAAUUACAAGAAGCUCCUCGAUGGCUGUCGCUCUGUUCGGUCCAUGGUGGCUGUUCUGAAGAAGGAACUUGAAGAUCUUGGUGUUCAGGGUCAGCCAUCUAUUAAGAAAUGCAAAACAGUCAGAAUGAAAAGAGAGGAGGCUCAGGAACUAGCUGAGCUUGAUGUCAGCAAUAUCAUUGCCACACAAGGUCGUCCUAAACGCAGAGGACCCUCAGCAUGGGAGGAACGACACGACCCUCCGUCCUCUACAUUUCAGCGUACUUUGAACUCCGACUCUGAUAGUGAUCAGGAAAACGAUACACACAGAGGGCGCAGAAGAGCAAUGGACUGGGCCAACCUGCAGGGGAUCAUCAGUGAUGAUGUAGACAGUGACUGACAGGGACAUUUCCUCUUCCAGUCUUCAGAAGCCACUGAUGUGGACAUUACUUUUUCUCUAUAUGAGUUGGGUAUCGGUCUUUAAAAAGUGUUUUGAUACUAAGGAUACUACAAAUUUCUACAUCUUUUGCAAAAAAAUAAUAAUAAUAAUAUAACUGAUAAAAACUGAUAGGGUAUGUGGAUGGUGUUUGAAUGGAUGACCAGUUUUUGCCAAGGAAAACAGUAGAGUUAAGUUAUUUCUAAUGUACACCAAUUUUCUAUUUCAAAUAAAAGUCUUUUGUACAUAUGGAA